AUGAACCCCUCUGUUGUGGCUGCUCACAAGAGGAUUGGACUUCUCCAAAAGUUCAACAAAUGGCAAGGGAAAGCCAUGAGAAGAUGCAAAAGUCCAUGGACAAGAUGGAGACUCCCUGCCCAAGAGCCUCACAGAGCCUCUUCUUUCGAGCCAAGGGAAGGAGAAGACAACACGCAGAGAAGGAGGAAGACUUCCAAGGCCAGACGCUCCAGCUCGACCACCGGACUCGAUCGAGUCCAAACAGAGGAAACUCAACUCGAUCGAGCUGACGGUCGAGCUGACCAGGAGGAGCCCCAGUUCGAGGAUCCGGGAUUUGAAUACGAUCCCAUGCCUUACCAGGAGCCUCCCCGGAGUAGAUGGAACCCCUAUGGACAGUACGAGCUACCAAUGCUCCACCAAGGCCAAGGAAGCCACACACAUUUCAACGAUGAAGAAGAGGAGGAAGAGGAGCCACAAGCUCGAUCGAGUGAGCCGCAAGAGGCAACCCCAGUUGCAUGGAGUGCUCCUGAUGGCCGUCUCCCAUCUCCAGACCACGACCUAGUCUCCCAGUUCUUUGGGGGACACUGA